AUGCGCUUGCGACGAACGAUUACAAUUCCUACUCGUUAUGAGGACGAGGAUCCACGCCCACCAAGGGCGCGCAAUGGAACCAGACCUGCUUAUCCCUCUUUGCUCAGAGGCCAAGUCAUUCCUUUCAAUCCUGACCAUCCUCCAGCACAAUUUCCUUCGCUACCGCUGUCCUCAUCACGUCCGUCGGCUCAUCAUCUACAGCCUAACAUCGAGUCAAUCGCCGAUCCUCCGUCUGACUUACAAGAGCAGCCAGAUUCAACAGUUGGAGAUCCGGUUCGAGAUUCAAAAACAAAAGCAAGCGUCCCCAGAAGUUCUAGCAGCCCAACCCAUAGCCUUGUCGCUCGCUCCCCUGAUUCAUCAACAGACGCGAUCCAAGAAGAUUUGCAAGUGCCUGUGACUGCGACGGUAUACAGCGACCAGCUUCCACGACCUAAUCUCGAUCAUUCGUCGGCGCUUAACACCGCCACUGUCGCCGAUGGUAGCGUGGUGUCCGACACCUAUCGCACCGAAGAUGCUGCUAUGUGGAAUGCUCUGCCGUUGUCCCUACAAUACCACAUCUUCACGUCUUUGGCGAGACUUCAUCCUACAAAGCAUCUGGUCCAGUUGCUUGGCUUGACAGAAGAAGAAUUCAGUCAGAUUAGUAGGGCAGCCUCUCUUCGCGAAGCCCACCCAGCUUCUCUUGCCGAUAUAUGGCAUUCUGCCUGGAAUGGUACCGCCUAUGUGCCGGGUUUUACUGAGGAUAUCUCCAUCGAUGCCGAGAACUUCAAGGAGUUCGCAGAUUACAUGGCUUUUGCAAGCAGUUUCGAAUUCGCUUUUCAGUCAGAGAUACGUGACGCCGAGAAUUAUUUAUGCAGGCGUGGAAUGGUUUGUGACUUGCUUGGGUCGUGGAUACCAGAUCCCUCAGAACCCCAGGGAAGCCAGUACUUCGUCCGCCUUCCCUCGUUGGCAACAGAUCCCAUUCCACGUUCCGACUCUCUUCUUGACUCAAACGACCCGCCUCUACCAGAAGUCGAAAAUGAAGAGGUCAUUGCGGGAAGUUCUAGCAUACAUCGAUCCUCACCAAUUGAUCACACGACUGUCAGGAAGAACAUCAGUGGAAAGCUAAUCCCAAGGAAGGGGAGAGUGCAUUCUAGUGCACCAAUAGGUAGCACAUCAACACGCCAACGUCGAUAUGUGGCUUCGAGUCUUGCAAACCCUAGUAAAUCAGCUCGACAUCCCCUCGCCAAUGCCGCUCUAGUCCCAGACAGCUCAUCGGAAACUAUCGUGGAUAUCGGUCAUUCCAAAUCAAGCGAGAAGCUUAAAUCUACAGCACUGGGACAAUUAUCGAAGGAAGAUGUGGUCCCAUCGACACCGGAUCCAUCAAACCUUAUCCUCAAAAUUCAAGGCAAGGAUGGCCUGGCUCGUAUUCUCAAGAAAAAGCAUAGAUCAACCGAUAAUACAUUGCCCUUGUCUGCUGUACAAUUCGAGCCAGCUGCUCAAGCUCCAUCCGUGGAGGCUGGACACCUCGAUCAAGAAAACAAAAGUUCACUGGCUAAGCUAGACACGAGUAUGUCUGGUUUCAGUAAAAGCCUGCUCAUGGACAGGACAAUAGCAGAGAGCCCGGUUUUCGACAAGCAAGAUUCCCCCACACUCGAGUCAAUACAACAUGCGAUCUGCCCACUGCAACCAGAAUCUCUGCCGCAUAAGCGGAAAGCUUCACGGGACGCAAGGUGCACGAAUUCUCUCAAGUCGCCGAGGACAAUAGGUGAAACCCCCAAGACACCUCCAACAAGUAUUGUUACUCACGACAUCAAUAACGAACAUUUACGCCAUGCAGAGGCGAAGUUGUCUCGGCAGCGGUGCCUGAGUUCGUCUCGCAAUUGCAGACCUGCCGAUGAACCAGCCAGCACCAUGCCUCUGGCGUCAGAUGAUACUCUCCAGCUUUCGUCACGAGCUUCGCUGACUGUUGCUGAAUGCUUGAGAUCGCCUUCCUACUCACCAAUCUCGGAGAAUGAGUACCUGGAGUCAUACCAAGCGCUCCUUCGUAACCCUCCCAGGAGAUUGAAGAUCUCCAAGGCACACUGGGGGGCCGAAGCUCAUACUCAGUUGUGGGAGAACCAAAGUGAGCUUAGCAUUGGUUAUACCCAAGACAUUCCUCAUGAUGGAAAUGUAAGUCGCGCCGGUCUGAUGUCUGUUGUACCGUUGGUGAAGGUCAAACCAGACCCCCGCCCCAGCGCAGCCGGAGCGGAGUCUGCCAUACUGGAGGUUCCGAAGAAGCCGAAAAUCACACUCUUGUGUAAGAAUGCCAAAGAGACAUCGUUAUCCAAGGUCGAAAAUUCUGUGCGCAGUGGGGAGGAGACAAAGGCUAAGACUCCAAGCGCCUCUUCUAAUUCCGAAAGCGACAUCGUAGCAACACCACGUGGUGCCCUGAAGGAAGAUGUUGAGGGUGAAGAGGCCACACACUCACCAGCAGAGCAAAGCCAGCCGAAGAAAACAGUACCGAAGCGGAAUACGAAAGUCACAUCAGAAAGCAUUUGUGAUGAAAGAGCUCAACACAUAGUCAGGGGAAGCUCGACGAAAAGCUUUGUAAAGACUUCCGAACAAAACUCCAACACGACAGCGAGAGAGACAAAGGAAUCGGGUUCGAAACGGAGAGGCCCAGGUCGACCAAGGGGUCCGAGAGGGCCAUAUCGAAAGACUCGGGAAAGAACGGCAAAAGAGGAACAAGAGCGACAAAGAAUGCCACAACAGGCGGAACAAGACGAAAGCACGCCAAAAAAGGAAACAAUCCCACAACAGCACGACCAUCAUGGUGCAUCGAUGACAAAUGCCGAGAAGAAGAAAAAGCGGCAGGCUAUGAUUUGA